AUGGAGGGCCUCAACAACGGCGACACUGCGUGGAUGGCCAUGUCCUGUGCAUUGGUUCUGUUCAUGACGCCUGGGUUAGCAUUCUUUUACGGCGGCCUGGUGCGGGACAGUAAUAUCGUCAACACGAUGAUGAUGAGCAUCAUCUCCAUGGGACUGACCACCAUCACUUGGCUGGUGUUCGGAUUUACCUGGUCCUUUGACGAGUGGGGUGCAGGCAAGGGCUUUACCUAUGUGGGCUUCCGCAACCUCGAUGCGGUGUGGUCCGGCACCACGAUGCCAGGAAUGACCUUUGCAGUGUUUCAGAUGACCUUCGCAAUCAUAGCGGCUGCUAUCAUCUCUGGGGCCGUGGUCGAGCGCAUCCGCUUCUCGGCUUACGCUAUCUUCAUCGUGGCCUGGGUCCUUGCAGUGUACGUGCCCCUCUGCCACUGGAUCUGGGGCGGCGGCUGGAUUGCCGAGAUGGGCGCGAAGGACUUUGCCGGUGGAACUGUCGUUCACAUCAGCUCGGGCACCUCAGCGAUCGCUCUGGCAUCACUGCUGGGGGAGCGCAAGCACCGUUCCGAGUCCUUCCCCAGCAACCUGCCUUUCGUCAUCUUGGGCGGAGGUAUCCUUUGGCUGGGAUGGACUGGCUUCAACGGCGGCUCCGCCUUCGCCGCCAACGGCGACUGUGCCCUGGCCAUCGCCACCACGUACGUUGCGGCGGCCGCAGCCAUGAUCACGUGGGUCUCCGUCGAGCGCAUCCUCGAUGGAGCUCCCACAUCUGUCGGCGCCAUGUCAGGCGCGGUGGCUGGACUCGUGAACAUCACCCCGUGCGCCGGCUUCGUGGAGCCCCUGGGCGCUCUCGGCGUUGGUGCCAUUGGAGCCAUCUGCUGCGUCUUCGCGGCUCGUGGGUUGAAGAAGCUGAACCUGGUGGACGACUCACUGGACUGCUUCUCUCUGCAUGGCGUGGGAGGCUUCGCAGGUGCCAUUCUUGGCGGCUUCUUCGACACAGGCGAUGGCCUCAUCUACGGGGGUGACGGGCUCCUGCUGGCGAAGAACCUGGCCGGCGCAGCCUUCGGUGUGGUCUAUUCCGCAGCCGUGACCGCUGUGAUCUUCUUCCUGAUGCGCCUCGUCAUGCGCAUGAGGGUCAGCGAGGAGCAGGAGCUGGACGUGUUUGACUGGAAAGUGCUCUGGGCUCUGGGUCCCUGUUACGCUACCGUCUUGGGUGGGUUUGUGAGUGUGCGACAAGAGGUCGCCUACGGCAAGAACGAGAACUCCGGCAAGCCGAACGCCUUCGGCGAGCACUCCCAGCGCUUCAAGCCCGAGGAGGCCCCCACGCUGCUUACCGGAUCGGGACCCGCCCGCUCCGCGGCAGAGAAGCCUACCGAGGAACGCUUUGGAAACAUGGAGGGCCUCAACAACGGCGACACCGCGUGGAUGGCCAUGUCCUGUGCAUUGGUUCUGUUCAUGACGCCUGGGUUAGCAUUCUUUUAUGGUGGCCUGGUGCGAGACAGCAAUAUCGUCAACACGAUGAUGAUGAGCAUCAUCUCCAUGGGACUGACCACCAUCACUUGGCUGGUGUUCGGAUUUACCUGGUCCUUUGACGAGUGGGGUGCAGGCAAGGGCUUUACCUAUGUGGGCUUCCGCAACCUCGAUGCGGUGUGGUCCGGCACCACGAUGCCAGGAAUGACCUUUGCAGUGUUUCAGAUGACCUUCGCAAUCAUAGCGGCUGCUAUCAUCUCUGGGGCCGUGGUCGAGCGCAUCCGCUUCUCGGCUUACGCUAUCUUCAUCGUGGCCUGGGUCCUUGCAGUGUACGUGCCCCUCUGCCACUGGAUCUGGGGCGGCGGCUGGAUUGCCGAGAUGGGUGCGAAGGACUUUGCCGGUGGAACUGUCGUUCACAUCAGCUCGGGCACCUCAGCGAUCGCUCUGGCAUCACUGCUGGGGGAGCGCAAGCACCGUUCCGAGUCCUUCCCCAGCAACCUGCCUUUCGUCAUCUUGGGCGGAGGUAUCCUUUGGCUGGGAUGGACCGGCUUCAACGGUGGUUCCGCCUUCGCCGCUAACGGCGACUGUGCCCUGGCCAUCGCCACCACGUACGUUGCGGCGGCCGCAGCCAUGAUCACGUGGGUCUCCGUCGAGCGCAUCCUCGAUGGAGCUCCCACAUCUGUCGGCGCCAUGUCAGGCGCGGUGGCUGGACUCGUGAACAUCACCCCGUGCGCCGGCUUCGUGGAGCCCCUGGGCGCUCUCGGCGUUGGUGCCAUUGGAGCCAUCUGCUGCGUCUUCGCGGCUCGUGGGUUGAAGAAGCUGAACCUGGUGGACGACUCACUGGACUGCUUCUCUCUGCAUGGCGUGGGAGGCUUCGCAGGUGCCAUUCUUGGCGGCUUCUUCGACACAGGCGAUGGCCUCAUCUACGGGGGCGACGGGCUCCUGCUGGCGAAGAACCUGGCCGGCGCAGCCUUCGGUGUGGUCUAUUCCGCAGCCGUGACCGCGGUGAUCUUCUUCCUGAUGCGCCUCGUCAUGCGCAUGAGGGUCAGCGAGGAGCAGGAGCUGGUCGCCUACGGCAAGAACGAGAACUCCGGCAAGCCGAACGCCUUCGGCGAGCACUCCCAGCGCUUCAAGCCCGAGGAGGCCCCCACGCUGCUUACCGGAUCGGGACCCGCCCGCUCCGCGGCAGAGAAGCCUACCGAGGAACGCUUUGGAAACAUGGAGGGCCUCAACAACGGCGACACCGCGUGGAUGGCCAUGUCCUGUGCAUUGGUUCUGUUCAUGACGCCUGGGUUAGCAUUCUUUUAUGGUGGCCUGGUGCGAGACAGCAAUAUCGUCAACACGAUGAUGAUGAGCAUCAUCUCCAUGGGACUGACCACCAUCACUUGGCUGCUGUUCGGAUUUACGUGGUCCUUUGACGAGUGGGGUGCAGGCAAGGGCUUUACCUAUGUGGGCUUCCGCAACCUCGAUGCGGUGUGGUCCGGCACCACGAUGCCAGGAAUGACCUUUGCAGUGUUUCAGAUGACCUUCGCAAUCAUAGCGGCUGCUAUCAUCUCUGGGGCCGUGGUCGAGCGCAUCCGCUUCUCGGCUUACGCUAUCUUCAUCGUGGCCUGGGUCCUUGCAGUGUACGUGCCCCUCUGCCACUGGAUCUGGGGCGGCGGCUGGAUUGCCGAGAUGGGUGCGAAGGACUUUGCCGGUGGAACUGUCGUUCACAUCAGCUCGGGCACCUCAGCGAUCGCUCUGGCAUCACUGCUGGGGGAGCGCAAGCACCGUUCCGAGUCCUUCCCCAGCAACCUGCCUUUCGUCAUCUUGGGCGGAGGUAUCCUUUGGCUGGGAUGGACCGGCUUCAACGGCGGCUCCGCCUUCGCCGCCAACGGCGACUGUGCCCUGGCCAUCGCCACCACGUACGUUGCGGCGGCCGCGGCCAUGAUCACGUGGGUCUCCGUCGAGCGCAUCCUCGAUGGAGCUCCCACAUCUGUCGGCGCCAUGUCAGGCGCGGUGAACAUCACCCCGUGCGCCGGCUUCGUGGAGCCCCUGGGCGCUCUCGGCGUUGGUGCCAUUGGAGCCAUCUGCUGCGUCUUCGCGGCUCGUGGGUUGAAGAAGCUGAACCUGGUGGACGACUCACUGGACUGCUUCUCUCUGCAUGGCGUGGGAGGCUUCGCAGGUGCCAUUCUUGGCGGCUUCUUCGACACAGGUGAUGGCCUCAUCUACGGGGGUGACGGGCUCCUGCUGGCGAAGAACCUGGCCGGCGCAGCCUUCGGUGUGGUCUAUUCCGCAGCCGUGACCGCGGUGAUCUUCUUCCUGAUGCGCCUCGUCAUGCGCAUGAGGGUCAGCGAGGAGCAGGAGCUGGACGUGUUUGACUGGAAAGUGCUCUGGGCUCUGGCUCCCUGUUACGCUACCGUCUUGGGUGGGUUUGCGAGUGUGCGACAAGAGGUCGCCUACGGCAAGAACGAGAACUCCGGCAAGCCGAACGCCUUCGGCGAGCACUCCCAGCGCUUCAAGCCCGAGGAGGCCCCAACGCUGCUUACCGGAUCGGGACCCGCCCGCUCCGCGGCAGAGAAGCCUACCGAGGGCCUCAACAACGGCGACACUGCGUGGAUGGCCAUGUCCUGUGCAUUGGUUCUGUUCAUGACGCCUGGGUUAGCAUUCUUUUAUGGUGGCUUGGUGCGGGACAGUAAUAUCGUCAACACGAUGAUGAUGAGCAUCAUCUCCAUGGGACUGACCACCAUCACUUGGCUGGUGUUCGGAUUUACGUGGUCCUUUGACGAGUGGGGUGCAGGCAAGGGCUUUACCUAUGUGGGCUUCCGCAACCUCGAUGCUGUGUGGUCCGGCACCACGAUGCCAGGAAUGACCUUUGCAGUGUUUCAGAUGACCUUCGCAAUCAUAGCGGCUGCUAUCAUCUCUGGGGCCGUGGUCGAGCGCAUCCGCUUCUCGGCUUACGCUAUCUUCAUCGUGGCCUGGGUCCUUGCAGUGUACGUGCCCCUCUGCCACUGGAUCUGGGGCGGCGGCUGGAUUGCCGAGAUGGGUGCGAAGGACUUUGCCGGUGGAACUGUCGUUCACAUCAGCUCGGGCACCUCAGCGAUCGCUCUGGCAUCACUGCUGGGGGAGCGCAAGCACCGUUCCGAGUCCUUCCCCAGCAACCUGCCUUUCGUCAUCUUGGGCGGAGGUAUCCUUUGGCUGGGAUGGACCGGCUUCAACGGCGGCUCCGCCUUCGCCGCCAACGGCGACUGUGCCCUGGCCAUCGCCACCACGUACGUUGCGGCGGCCGCGGCCAUGAUCACGUGGGUCUCCGUCGAGCGCAUCCUCGAUGGAGCUCCCACAUCCGUCGGCGCCAUGUCAGGCGCGGUGGCUGGACUCGUGAACAUCACCCCGUGCGCCGGCUUCGUGGAGCCCCUGGGCGCUCUCGGCGUUGGUGCCAUUGGAGCCAUCUGCUGCGUCUUCGCGGCUCGUGGGUUGAAGAAGCUGAACCUGGUGGACGACUCACUGGACUGCUUCUCUCUGCAUGGCGUGGGAGGCUUCGCAGGUGCCAUUCUUGGCGGCUUCUUCGACACAGGCGAUGGCCUCAUCUACGGGGGCGACGGGCUCCUGCUGGCGAAGAACCUGGCCGGCGCAGCCUUCGGUGUGGUCUAUUCCGCAGCCGUGACCGCUGUGAUCUUCUUCCUGAUGCGCCUCGUCAUGCGCAUGAGGGUCAGCGAGGAGCAGGAGCUGGAAGGCACAGGGGCUCACAUGACUCGCACGAAGAAGCACACAGUCGCCUACGGCAAGAACGAGAACUCCGGCAAGCCGAACGCCUUCGGCGAGCACUCCCAGCGCUUCAAGCCCGAGGAGGCCCCAACGCUGCUUACCGGAUCGGGACCCGCCCGCUCCGCGGCAGAGAAGCCUACCGAGGUCUGA